ACAUUAAAAAGUAAAUAUUAGAAUUUCUUUACUUCUACACGGAACUUGUCUAAGCCUAAAAUGUCAGCUUCUAUAGGUGUUCCAAUUAAAGUACUUCAUGAAGCAGAAGGGCACAUCAUUACACUGGAAACACUCACAGGUGAAGUAUAUCGAGGCAAAUUGUUAGAAGCAGAGGACAAUAUGAACUGUCAAUUGACUCAAAUUACAAUGACGGCUAGAGAUGGUCGAGUUUCACAAUUAGAACAGAUAUUUAUUCGUGGAAGUAAAAUUCGGUUUGUUAUACUACCAGACAUGUUAAAAAAUGCACCUAUGUUUAAGAAAAUGUUGACACAGAAAACAGGUGGUGUUGGACGUGGAAAAUCUGCUUUAUUGAAAGCACAAGUUGCUGCUAGAGGGCGUGGCACCGAUAGAGGAAGAGGUGGAAGAGGUUUCUUUCCCAGAAGACGUUAGGAGUGGCAAACGACGUGUAUAUAAUGGCCAAACAUGUGUGUUUCACCGACGACUACGUUUUUGCAUAUAAAGCAUUUGUUGAUGAAUGAACAAUGCAGUAUACUUUAAAGUGGAAAAGGCAACCGUUCUGAUUGUAUAAACUCGUUUUAUGUUUACAAUUCUCUGUAGCGUUUUUUAAAUGGAUUGUAUAAUAUUUCUAAAGUGUGGUCUGUUUUGUCAA